AUGUGGAAACUCGUGGAAGCUAGCUCUUCAAACAAAGUCGGGUCACGGCGGUACUUUGUCGUGCCUCCCACCGCUCCCUCCACGGCUGCGUCAGCUGCCAGCCUGCCCCGCCUAUCAACCAUGGACUCCCUCAACACAGGUGGCCGCCUUGCCAGAAGGCUCAUCGAGGACUGGUACCGGGGUGCUCUGCAGCAUGCCAACCGGUCUGAACCCCGACUCCAGUCUUGCUACCAUCUACGAGGAGCCCGCCCCGGCCCAGUCGGUCCCAACGACGACCACGACCUUAUCAUGAUUCCCUCGCAGACACACGGCCACCAGAUGGCUUGUCUAUGCAAGCACUGCCGGUACCACUUCGUCUUCACCUGGGCCGAGCCAGAAUUUAGUAGCCCUGGCCAUCCUCAACAUCACUUCGUCAUAGCACCGGGGGAUGACGAAUCCUUCGGCGAGGAGAAGGCGAAGCAACUCCUCGUUACUUGGCCUAGUAGGGACAAGAAACUGGGCCCUUUGAUGCGCAAGACCAGCUACCGGUGCAGCUUUUGCGGCUUCAGCAUCCGGCUCGAUGUGUCAGCACCACGCCUGGCCAGCAAGUGGAUCGACAUCGUCACGGAUGAGUCGCGCGCCAAGAGAAACCUCAAGAGGGCCAUGGACGAGGACCCGGGCAGAUUUAAGGACAUGACGCAAGAGAAGCUCGCUAAACUCGAGUCCAGCGCCCUCAUGACACUGAACAUGUACAUUACAAACAUCAUGUCUAAUGAUUCCACCAGUGCCGAGAAGAAGAUAUCGGAGCGCAACAAGACGUUCAUGGUGCAAUUCGGUCCAGAAUGCGAGGAGCUUUUCCUCUACCUGGGCUUCACCAAGAGGCAAGAGGCCGAAGACACAUUUUACAUCUCCCCACAGGUCCCACCGGAGAACGGCGGCAGGACAUUCCUGUACUCGGAGAGAUCUUUCUUUGAGAACGUCAAGAGCGAGAUACAGAGUGUGAUCGACCAGAAGAGACCUGAGCUUGUUCAUCAGCAUUCGCCUGCUCGCAUAAAACUGCAGACGGUACUCGGAGUUGACGAUGCCCAGACGCGGACCGUGCACUGGAAAGUGUCGGAAUCCGAUCUACACUACUUCUAUUUACUGGGGGCUUCUUCCAAGACAACCGAACCCAUGUUGAUUUGGGCAUAUGAGCGGCAAGCCGCCGUGGACCGGGAUCACGAGCGCUACUACAGGGAGGCUUUCAAUUGCUUGGCCUACCACGGGGACGAGGAAAUGCAGAUGUACGCCGUCCACUUAGAUCAGAAAGCCUUGCCUCGCCCCGAGAAGAGUGAAUAUGACAAGGACUGGGAAUGGUUCGGCUUUUGGAGGGCACAGGGUCGAACUCUGACCAAGGACCGGAUCAUCGAGCGGUACAAGCAUUACAGAGAAACCAGGCCCGAAGAGGGACAUUUGCACAGGCUGCACUUGGCCAAAAUUGCUCGGGAUUUAGGCCAAAGGGAUUUGGUCUACAUUGCCGUGGUCGACAUGGACGAGGCAGAGGCCAAUGGCGUGCUCGACUCAACGGCCCAAACAGCACCUGAUACCAUAGCCUAUGCCGCCCUGGAAAGUGUGAACAACAAUGAAAAGGACGCGGCGGUUGUUGUGACGGCAAUGAAUCUCAUUGGAGCGAGAAUGGCCAGACAGCGUAGAGGUGACAAGGAUUUUGACGAGGCCUUGGGCGACUUCGAGACCAUCAGCGGGCAGCUGGAGAGCCUCGUGAGCGGCGAAACCCAGAACCAGGGCUUUUGCGAUCCUGUCAGUAAUGGACAAGAGAUGGAGGUCGGGACUGGAGACCUGACGUUGCCCGUCGGGCUUGACAACAUUCGCAACACUUGCUACCUGAACAGCAUUCUGCAGUAUCUCUACACAGUCGAUGUCAUCAGGGACCUGUUGCGGACCUUGGACCUAGACACGCCCGAGGCUAGUACAGACAGGGUGGGCGAGAUCCUAAGUGGAAGUGUGAGCGGGGUGGAAGAAGGCCAAAAAAAGGAAGCUUUCCUCGGCCAUGAAUUCGCGCGCGAGCUCAAGACUUUGUUCCAUGAGAUGGAAGAGACUCCAUACACUCACGUCAAACCACGCCAGCGGCUUGCUAACGCCGCCAUGGCCCGAGCUGAUAAGGGAGGCUCUACUGCUGAGUCCAAGGCCACUGGCCCCAAGGCUGCCAACUCUGCGGUUCCCGAGCUCAAGAUCACGACAUCUACAGACGCUGAUGCCAAGAUAGUGAAUGGUGAGGAGACCUCCGAACUCGAGCACGUCGAGACGGCCAGUGUAUCUAGUUCACAGACGCUGGUGGGAGAGACGCCAGCUGCUGCGUCAACGGGAUCGGGAAAGAAGAUGGAGAAGGCGGGGCCCCUGGAAGCUUUGGUAAAGGAACUUGACCAAGACGAGGUCAAGGGCACUGCGCAACAGGAUGUCGACGAGGCCAUGGGAAAUAUACUGGAACACCUUCAAGCAGCCCUCAAGCUAGCCCGUGCGCGCCGUAAUGCCGGGGAGGACGGAAGCGAGGAAAUACCCGAUCCCAUCGACGAUCACUUUUACAGCAACUUUAGGAUCUAUAACCGGACGCGCGGGAACGACGACGUACAGGGCUGGACCACACACGAAGACCGCAACCGCAUGAUCAUGGCACCGCUUCAUGAGACAAAGGCGGUCCAGGAGGAUCUGUACCAGGCCAUUGGGCGCGGCAUGGAUGUCCAGCUGAAUGAAGAGACAAAUAAGAUGACGUAUUCGGUCUUCAAAAGGCCUGCUGAUAUUCUGCACUUUCUAUUCCCCAGGAGUCGUGCGCUCGACUUGAAGAACGAGAAUCCGGUGGAGCUGAACGAUCCGUUGUAUUUGGAUCUCUUCAUGGAUGUUGUCCCAGGGGAUGAGCGGUACGGGAAGCGGACGAGGCUGUGGGCUCUCAACAAGCGGUUGGAGGAGCUGAAUACCAAGCCACGGGCGUUCGAGCCGGGUUCGGCCAAGAUUUUGUCGGAGGAGGAUAUUGACAGGCUUGUGACUGAGAAUGGUCUUGUUGAUGCUGAUGGGGAUUAUGAGCUCGUUGAUGCCGACGAGAGGACUGCUCUUGCCACCAAGGAGGUUCAAGGGGGGUGGGUUGCGGUUUCCCCUGAGAAGCUGAAGCAAUUCGAGGAGCGCCAGCGGGCUGAUGAUUCGGCAGAGCUUCUCAAGGAGAAACAGGGGCUUGUGGUCGGGGAGGUUGAAUACAGGCUUCACGCGGUGUUUUGCCACACUGGAACCCCCCGAUCCGGCCACUAUUGGGUGUGGAUCAAGGAUUUUGAGCGGGGCGCGUGGCACAAAUACAAUGACGAAUUGGUGACGGUGCACAGCGAGGAGGAUUUCAGGAAGCAGGCGGGGACUGCGGCUGAGCCUUGCUGGGCGGCCUAUGUACGUGCUGACAAGGUGGCGGGCUUGGUGAGCACGCCGCUCCGGAAGAGGGUACGGGGAGGGUGAGCAGCGUGGGCGUGUUGGGGCGAUGGCAUGAUUGGGCAGCGUUUUGUUUGGGUUGGAGUUGUGUGUGAGUUGUUGAGUAGUAGGUAUUUUAAAAAUGAGAAAGAGGCAUGUUACCUAGCGAAUUUUGGAAGGGUGGUGACUGUUUUGGGGGGCGUGGUGACUAUCUUUCACGGGGGUUUGAUUAGGGAAAAGGCUUCGAAAGAUAGCAAACAGACCCAGCGAUGGACUGUGGUGGAUGUGCACCACGAGUUUCUGUGUAGGUGUGAGUGAGGUGAUGGGUGUAGGUGAGACUGUUUAGCUUGUGUUAUUAUGUCCUUGACGAUGGAGAGGGUUGGUUGGGGUAAGGGGGGAGGUAUGAUUUCAAGAGGGAGGAAUUACGUCGGGGUUGAGCAAGCGAUUUGGUAGGUUUUAAUGAGCAGGUAAUGGUGUGUGGUUGUCGGUGAAAUGGAAUAUGCCAUCUGGUGUUGCUUGUAAGAAUGACGAGACAGGUUGAGGGAUCUAUGAUACACUUGGGUAUCAACACUAGAUUUGAUGCUCUGCUAAGAGGCAUAAAUGUCAAUCACGUUUGGUAGGUUAGCCGGAGAAAUAAAUGUAGAUGACUUGCGAAUUACCAGUUGACGAAU